AUGGAAUGGAAUGGAAUGGAACUGAAUGGAAAGGAAAGAAAUGGAAAGGAAAGAACAGGAAAGAAAAGAAAAGGAAAGGGAAGGAAAGGAAAGAAGGAAGAUGGGACUGAACUUAAAUGUGAAGAUUGGAUUGAAACAGGAUUUUUAGAUGUACCACUUCCCCAUGACGUCAUAAGCGCUGAAAGGAGCCUUAUCAAGUCCAUAAGCAGCAAACCAUCACAGAGGGCAGUUUCCCACAGUUUAAAAAUAAAUACUGUAAUUGCAGAAAAUCUUCCAGAGUUACCCCCCUGUCACAUGUCAAACAAAAAUGUCACCUGGAGAACAGCGAUGCCUAAAGGCAUCUGGACACCUGGCAAUAUCUGGAAGUCUCUGGUCUGUAAGGACGUAGGGGUCAUCAAUACAGACUGGACAUUAAAAUGCCUCAGAAACACAUCCGUCUGGAUCUUCGGGGACUCAAAUGCCAGGUUAACGUAUGAUGUGAUUCUAGAGCUAACAAAAUGUAACAAAACAAAAGACCUAUACCCUAGAGCCAAAUGCACCAAGUCUGAGACUGGACUCUCUAUAAAUGUACUAUGCCACGAAGGACCUGUGUAUAUAACCUUACAAAGAAAUGACAAUUUCUCGGUACCUAAUUUUAUACAGAAGCUUCCAAAAAACCAGAAACAUAUUCUCAUCAUUCAGUAUUACCUCCACUACGCGGCUGCCCAUCUUGCUGUGUUGUCGUUACGUAUGAAAUCUCUGAGAGCCGCCAUAGAAAAACUGCUUGAAGAAAACCCCAACGUCUUGAUAGGACUUAGAGCUCCUCAUAUCUCUCCUUUAUUUUACGAUUACAACCAUGCAGUUGGAGGAGAUCCUUUAGGACCCCAGUAUAUCCAUAUAAUACGAGAAAGGUUCAAAGGCUUAGAAGAUAAAGUCGUGUUCUUAGAUUUGUGGGAAAUGUCCAUUGGAAUAGAAAACCCUGAUUAUCAUCCACCGCAAUAUGUUAAUCUUGAGAUGUUCAAGUUCUUGUUGUCGUUUCAGUGCCAGUGA